AUGGCGGCGAACGUUGGAUCCCCCAACCGUUCGAUCCCCGAUCCGAUCUCCAGCAGGUCUCGCGACCUUUCUCCCUCGCCGUCCUUGUCGCCCACGCCUGCUAUCUCUUCAUGUCCAUCUCCCGACCGAACCUUCUCCACCGUAUCUUCCGUCUCGAACCUGUCCGGCGAUGGAGGCUCGUCCAUUUCCACGUCGUCCCGCAGACGCGGGUAUAUCAGACCCCAAGGCGCCGUCUUCGCAGAAUCUGCUAAAAACCGGGAGAGCGUGAUGAGCUUGGGCAGUAUCGCGCAUUUGCAGUACUAUUUUGCUAGGACGGGGCUCCUGGACGGGAAGGGCGCACAGUUGGCUCGUGCAAAAAAGCGGCGAGAUUCGGAUAUACCGAAGCUCAUGUUGACUCAGGCGCAGUUUGGCGGGGAUUUGAUCGAAAGCCCAAUCGAGGAGGCCAGCGACAUGGCAGAGGAAUGGGAGGAAAAUGAGCCUGUCAUGUUACCCCCGACCGUGAGCACGUAUAGUGUUCGCACGCACCAUCUCCCGCCGCCCGUAGAUGUCGAAGCGCUCAGAAAUGAUCUACAGUCGGCCUUGGAUAAAGCCAGGAACGUUUUAACUGCUACAAAAGACCAGUUGGCCGCCCAUGCGUCUACACCAGUGUUGAUUGAUCAAGCGGCCGAAAACCUGUCAGAAACAAGGGAAGAGCCAUUAGAGAGUCCUGGGCCUUCGAAAAUUCCGCAAGGUUGGCAUGAGAUUGAAGGAAUGCACAUUUUAGACAUGGUAACGCUUGCUAUACGAGCUGCCAGGAUUUACUAUACCUCCCAUGAGAACCCGGUCCGCUUGGAUUCGAUUAAGAGCGAGAGAAGAAUACGCGAAGAACUACUGGGUGUGUUGGAGGUAUUGAAAAAGUGGGCGGGGAAGAAUUUUGCGGGUGGACUGAAAGACGAACAAAGAAGUAUCAUGCUUGGAUGGAUAUCAGAAGUAGAGUCCAUGAUCGACAAAGAAAGGGCCUUGGAAGAGGCCGAUAGGCAGAAGAGAAACAGCUGGAUUUGGGCUAGCGGAGACUGGUUGGGCCCGGUGCGAGAGAGGGAACAAGCGUUCCUCCAGAGCUUCGAAGCGUCCGAGGAAAUACCUACGUGGGAGCCCGCAGAAAGCAGCACGCUUCCUACACCGUUCCUUACUAGAUGGCAGGAUGGUCGUCGUCUCGUGCGGUUGCAUAACGCAGCUGUGAAGAUGUCCAAACGCCCCUUUGGAGAAAUCAGGUCUUUCCAUGAAGACGUUGGAAAACCAUACCGGAUGGCUGAGAAUAUUCGCUACUGGGCCAAAGCGGCCGAGAUUCGGUGGGAGAUCAAACUCGAUGUAGACGCGUUGGGGAUCGUCAAUGGAGACAGCGAUGAAGCAUGGAGGAAACUUGACCAGGCGCUGCUCAAGUGGUGUCAGGGAGUUCGAGAAGAGCUGAUUCGAGACUGGACGAUGAUGAUGAGCUGCAAUCCACCCAGACUCCCUUCGCCCUCGCCCAUAAUUCAGUCCAGCCCUGCGCGCUGCCAUGUAGAAUUCGCCUUUCCUCGUCCUUCCAAGGUGCUUGAUGCGGUUGUUGAAGAGUUGCGAGUGACAGGGUUCAGCGGAUCUCCUUCAAGCGGCAAUCAGCUCCGUACUCUCACCUCGCUCCUCCGCCUGUCCCUUUUCCGAUCACAACUUCCACCACCUCGCACGACAGCGCUGUUUGCUCUCUCCCACGACUCCGCCCGUCCAGCAAACAAAUUACCCGGAACAACAGCAGGACGACCGAUAGCAUCUGCAAAGCUGAUAACCGCAGCCCCGUCGUCGGAAGCAGACGUGGUCACUGCUGACCGUGGCGUUCAAGCAUCGAUGCCCGCAGCACCUUCACUAUCUACAUCCGAACCAGCUUCGAUAGCCGUUCAAAUAGAGACUAGCCCUGCCACGGUCGCAUCUACGUCUCCCGGAGACCAGGCGAGCACUCAACAGCCACCGGUUCCAGCUGCACAGCGAAUUCCUGACUCGCAAACGUCGGGUUCAUCGCAACGCUCCACGUCUCUGCCCCAAGCGAAUAACACAUCGACCACACGCGUUCCGACCCAAGACCCAAAAGCGCGUUCCCCUUCUACGUUUUUCCGUCGCCUGUCCCCGAAUUUAGCCGCGCGAGUGAAACUGCUUGACGGCACGGCGGGUUCUACAGCUCCAGCACCGCGGAAUUUGAGCUCAGUUGGGAAAAUCUCCGAAGCGCACAUCAAAGAACUUGACAACCUCCAUCGGGAUCUUUCGAUCAAAGUACAAAAAAGGGGUCGAGCGUGGGGUGGUGGGCGGUCGACGACGCACACCCCAGAGCCCGCCUCCACGAGCGGACGGGAGGAAGCAUCCCAAAGCGAAUGCGGCCACGAAACGGAAAGCCCUAUUCAAUCGGUUGUCGAGCCCUCAACCGACGGGAAAGCAGACAUGUCCAUAACGGAACACUCACAGACCGUGGCGGAAAGCACGGGAGCGUGCCAUGGAACGAGCUUGGAUUCUUCCUUGGAGCAUACUGACCUUGAAAAGUAUCUUAGCAGAGACGACGAACAGCCGCCCCCUCCACCUCCGAAGGACACUCCUCCACCUCCACCUGCCAGCGGUACUCCUAAUGUGGAAUCCUAUUUCAACCCCUUGGGACUCCAUCGGACGGACUCAAUCUACUCAUUUUCGAGAGCGUCGUUUAGCAACCAGCUCUCCCAGUUGACAUCAAUCAGCCUGCCCCAGCCCGCAGCGUUGGAAGCGAGCAUUGCUGCGAUCCCUACUGCCUCCGCUGCCGUUCGAGCUCUGACGCAAGCCGCCGAACAGAUUCAACAGUGGAUAAACAAAGCUUCGGACGUCCUGAGCGGCUUAGAUGCUGAUGAUGAUGUGGAGUGGGCCGCUGCCGGCGGCAGGGAAGGCCUCGAGGAUGUUGAUAAAGCAGUUACAAAGUUUGAAAGUCUGAUAAAUGUCUAUGUCAAAGCUAUCGAAGAUGUUCAGCUGCGCGAUGACAUUGCUGACGUGGGAGCAAACCAACUCCACGGCGUAGUCAUCCAGAUGGAGGCAACGUUGCAGAACUGGAGCAAAGUCAGGUCUUUAUUAAAAGGCGUUAAAGAACAGGUCGAGCUGGCGAUGGAAUGGGAGGAGCUCUGGAACGCAGUUUUGGGUGACGUCGGCCUCGAGAUUGAAAAUCUAGCACGUCUGAUAUUUGAAAUGGAAGAGAAGCGACACAAAACCGUGAUUCCGGAUGUGGAUCACGGCCCUGGACAUGGAAUGAAUAUCAAUGAACUCGAAACUAUUGUGGAAGAAUCUCCGGCAAAUGGCAGCGCCGCUUCUAAUCCUCGAUUUAGCUUUGCUCCUGUUUUUCCGCCCGCAAGCUCCCAACUGGACCUCCAGACGUCACAGAAUCCGCAGGAUGAGACAAGUCUUCUAGCUUUGUUUGCACGAAUGCAGCCGCUCCGUGCAUCGCUAGACUUCCUUCCAAUGAGGCUAUCAAUGUUCCAAUCUCGUGCCGCAACAAUGUUCCCUAGUGCAUGCGAGGAAUUGGAGGAUAGAAGGCAGAGGCUUGAAAAAGGCUACAAGAAGUUGGAAACGGAUGCUGAGGCUCUACGCAGAGAAUUAGGAGAAGACAGGUGGAUCAUAGUCUUCAGAAAUGCGGUCAAGCAAGCACACAACAUGUGUGAUUUGGUGGAUCGAAGCGUCAACAAAUUGCAAGAAGCUAUAAAUGGUGGAAUCCAACACAGCAACCCGGCAGCAUUGGCAAAGAGAGCUGACAACUUUGGAUCGAAGAGAUCAAACUAUGAAUCAGCCAUUGAGAGAGUGCUAUCUAUUAUCCAAAAAGGCAUCAAUGACCGUUUGACUGUCAAUGGAGAGAUUAUCCGACUCUUGGCUGAUCUUCGAGCGAGAUACGCGGCUCUGCAGGUUACAACGAGCGACAUGGCAUCUCUUUUGGAUGAACUCUGCGCUUCUCGGGGUCAGCACAUGCGCGAUUCGGUAUCCAGCAUUGUCACAUUGGAUACGCCACCAACCAAAAGUGUUAUCGAUACUCCAGAGAGCUCUCCAGCGUCUUCCGUGAUUAUGCCAAACAAUAGCAAGACCAGUGGCUCAAGAAAAGAUAGUGCGACAGGAAAUACUGUAUCGAAGACCACCGCUUCAAAAGUCAAGCGCUACUCUGGUCUACCGCAACCAAUAUCGCCUUCAAGUCAAACACCAAAAAGGACACCGGCGCCACGCUCCGCUUCAAUGGGCGCCGCCUAUUUGAAAUCUCCAACUCCACGGCUAACAACUACAUCCCCCUCGCCGACACCUCCUCGACCUGAUUCAAGAAUUGGUAGCUCAACGAAUCCAUCAAAGCCCCGGUGGAAUCAUAGCUCUAAUACCAACGAUCUUAUGGUUGGCCAUAACUUCAAACCUUUGUCUCUCACCACGCCAUCUCCUCACCGCCGACUCCCCGUUCCUUGCCGAAGUGCCUCUUCAACUCUUCCACCACGCAGCCCACUCAGUCGAGAAUCGUCUGCGUCUCCGGCGCCGGGUCUUCGACCACCUAGCCACCUCAAUCGCGGCGUUACAUCUUCUCCCACUCCCAGGAAACCUUCUCUAAUUGAUCCACCUCCGUAUAGCAAACUGCGUAAAUCAGGUCCAGGAGCGUCUACACCGAGCCAAAGCCUUCCUUCAACCCCUCGGAGCCGACAAAGCUACGCUGGCCCACCUGCUCGCGAAUCAUCGGUAUCCAGACAUGUGGAUGACUCCAGAAAGUCCAGCAGGCCCGGAACGGCUAUGGGACAUUCUAGCCGUCGCGUAAGCCUUCUUCCGUUACCCAAGGCGCGAUCCGGAAGGGACAGCGCGGCAAGCAACCGGGAGGAUCGGCCACCUUGGAGAUAUUAG